AUGGCGGAGAAGUACCGCUAUGGCGAGUAUAGCCAGGAAGAUGGUCAUGGAUACGGCAGCGGUGCCAGCGAUGGUGUCGUGAAUCUGAACACCAGCAGUGGAAGGCCAGGAGGCUACGAUGACCGAGAUGUCUUUGGACAUGAGGAGGGUCACGAUAUCAAAUACAAAACACUCGGCUGGCCAAUGGUAUCCGUGCUGAUGAUCGCGGAGAUUGUGUCCAACGGCAUGCUCUCUCUGCCUUCAUCGCUCGCGGUCGUUGGCAUCGUCCCUGGUCUCAUCUUGAUCAUCUUUCUGGGUGUUUUUGCGACGUAUACGUCUUGGCUACUGGUCAAGUUCAAGAUGCAGCAUCCCGAGGUGCACAACAUGGUAAGCAUGGACCGGUGGAAGGGCAGCUAUUUCUCGGGCGUCGAAAACGUGCUAAUCCGCGCUCAGGGAGACGCUGGGAAGAUCUUGUUCGGUCCUAUUGGCCGAGAAGUGCUAGCCUUUGGAACGGUUGUCUUCGCCGUCUUCGCCACCGGAGGGCAGUUGUUGGCUGGGCAGAUUGCUAUCAGUGCUUUGAGCAAUAACAGCGUCUGUCCCAUGUUGGGUGUUGGCAUCUACGCACUCUUCACGUUGGCUAUGAGCUUCCCCCGAACUCUCGACCAUAUGAGCUGGUUCAGCCUCGCAUCCUGCAUCUCCAUCCUCGUGGCUGGCAUUGUCGGUAUGGUGGGCGCCGGCCUACAUCCCACGCCCAACCACGAAAUCAGCAUUGUGCAAUCAACAACCUUCUUCGACGCAUUUAUUUCAAUCACCAAUCCAGUCUUCGCCUACGCUGGACACUUCAUGUUCUUCGUGAUGGUGUCGGAAAUGCGCAAACCGCAGGACGCCAUGAAGGCUGCUUACACGUUGCAAGGCUUCGCUACCACUUACUACGUCGUCUUUGCGGCUGUGACGUACGCCUUCAUCGGCAACACUGUUGGAAGUCCUUCCUUCAUAUCCCUGACACCGCUCUGGCAGAAGGCGGCUUUUGGCGCUGCGCUGUUCAACUUCUGGAUCGCCGGAGCUUUGUACGCGCAUACCGCGAGCAAGCUCUGCUUCGUCCGCAUCUUCCGCAACUCUAAGCACUUGCACUCGCACACGCUGGUCGGUUGGGGCACUUGGUCGAUCCUGGUGAUCAUCUUCAACGGCGCCGCAUUCGUGCUUGCCGUCGGCGUACCCAUCUUCAACUACCUCAUCGGCAUCGCCGCAUCCCUCUUCGCAGCCUGGUUCACCUACGGCAUCGCGGGCAUGUUCUGGCUGCACGACAGCUACCACUACGAAAAUGGCGUCCGGACGUGGAAGCGGAAGUGGUUCCAGACAGCGCUGGCGGCUUUUACAGUGGUGGCGGGGGCUUUCAUAUGUGUGGCGGGCAUGUAUGUGACGGUGCGGUCGAUAGUGGAGGCGUAUGCGAAUGGGGAGAUUGCGGCGCCGUUUGCUUGCUGA